AAAUUAUUACAAGAAGUCGUCUUUGUCUUGUUUAAACUGAAAUUUCCGUUGUUCGCGAAGAGGGGUUGGUCUGUUGCCAUCCCGCGCUGUGGACAUGGCGGCGAAGUUCGCUUUAGGGUCGGAGCCAGUGGCGGGUUCACUCGCACCCUCAAAGAAGAGAGAGUACAGAGUCACUAACAGGCUCCAAGAGGGCAAGAGGCCCUUAUACGCCAUCGUUUUCAACUUCAUCGACUCUCGCUACUUCAACGUCUUCGCCACAGUCGGUGGCAAUCGGGUGACUGUAUACCAAUGUCUAGAAGGGGGUGUGAUCGCCGUGUUGCAGUCUUACAUUGAUGAAGAUAAGGAUGAGUCUUUUUACACUGCGAGCUGGGCAUGCAACGUUGAUGGAAAUCCAUUUCUUGUGGCUGGAGGAAUUAAUGGUAUAAUGCGGGUCAUUGAUUGUGGUAGUGAGAAGAUAGACAAGAGUUUUGUUGGCCAUGGGGAUUCAAUAAAUGAAAUCAGGACUCAGCCAUUGAAGUCGUCACUUGUAGUGUCAGCAAGCAAAGAUGAGUCAGUUCGGCUAUGGAAUGUUCAUACUGGAAUAUGUAUUUUGAUAUUUGCUGGGGCAGGUGGUCACCGCAAUGAAGUCCUGAGUGUGGACUUUCAUCCUUCUGACAUAUAUCGAAUUGCAAGUUGUGGGAUGGACAACACUGUUAAGAUCUGGUCAAUGAAAGAGUUCUGGACAUAUGUAGAAAAAUCUUUCACAUGGACAGAUCUUCCAUCAAAAUUUCCAACAAAAUAUGUGCAAUUUCCCGUAUUCAUAGCCUCCAUUCAUACAAACUAUGUUGACUGUAAUAGGUGGCUUGGUGAUUUUCUCCUCUCAAAGAGUGUUGACAAUGAAAUUGUGCUGUGGGAACCGAAAAUGAAGGAACAGUCUCCUGGGGAGGGUACUGUUGACAUCCUUCAAAAAUACCCAGUUCCGGAGUGUGAUAUUUGGUUUAUCAAGUUUUCCUGUGAUUUCCACUACAAUGCAGCUGCUAUAGGGAAUAGAGAAGGAAAGAUCUUUGUUUGGGAACUACAAUCCAGCCCUCCUGUUCUAAUUGCAAAGUUGAUACAUCCUCAAUCAAAAUCGCCAAUUAGACAAACUGCCACGUCUUUUGAUGGAAGCACCAUUCUCAGCUGUUGUGAGGAUGGGACUAUUUGGCGCUGGGAUGCCAUGGAAAAUUCUUAAAGCCUAUCCAAGUGGGUGUACAUUGGCAUGAAUUUUGUAAAAUGCUCAUCGCCUUGGCUCAGCUUUGGUUAAUUGUGGUAAUGUAUUUCGUAAUAUUUAUCGAAAUUUAGAGUACGGAUGACUAGACUUUGGUGAACCUUUUACUCCAGCCUAGUUGUUAUGUGUAACUUAUGUGAGGUUGAUCGCAUGUCUACUUUAAUAGAAUUUUAGACCAUGUUAUUCAAUCUUGCCUUUUUAUGUUAUAAAAUAUGCGACGCACUUUGGCUUUAGUAUCAGCCAGUCAUGUUUAA